AUGAGCUCCGAGCAGCCACUGAAGAGCGUAUACCGCUCGGCGAACAUAUCCCUGCGCAAGGCUGACCUGGCGCGCCAGAAUGGGGACGACGACGAGGAGCUCUACCAUCUCAAUCAGUUCGCCAAGACUGUGCGACUGACGCUCCAGACCCAUCGGCUGUGGGAGCGGCGGAAGGAUGAUAAGGACGCCGUGGAGCUGGUGUCGAAACUCCCGGAGAUGGACGCGAGGAUACGCGAGCUGGGGGGCACCCCGUACACGCCCCCCGAUGCGGCCCCGCCCCCGCGCUCGGACUCGGCCCCCUCGGUCCUCGAGGCUGCGGCGACGCAGCUCCGGGUCCCCGGGCAGGCGUCCGCGGCGGCGAGGGGCGCGGCGGCAGCGCGCGCCGCGACGAGAGGCGCGCUGCUACGACGGAGCCGCGCGAACAGCAGAUCGAACUCCCGCCCGGCGAGCCCGGAGAGGACACGCCCGGCGCCGCCCGCCGCCCCGGCGCCCGCGAGGCCGCCCCCGCAUCAUCACCCGUCGCGACACCCCGAGUCCGCCCGAGUCCCAAUCAAAGACGACGACGACGACGCCCCGGGAUCCCCGUCCAGCGCCGAAAAGUACGGCGCGAGGGUUCAGGGCGAGGUGGCGCGGCUGUUCGAGGAGGCCGAGGCUGUUCGCAUCGCCGCGUUGGAGCGAAAGGUUGAGAUGAUGCGCGCUCGCAUGGAUGCCACCUCUGGCGCGGCGCACGGCGUCGCCGGGGGUUUGUCCCCGAGCAAAGCCCCGCGUUCCUCGACGGAGGUCAGCGCCGCGAUGGACCCGUACCGGACCUUACUCCCGUCGGCGUCGGCGUCGGUAGCCGCGGCGAUCGUGUCGUCGGGAGGCUCCGCGCUCGCUCCCCCGAGCGGCGGGUUCGCGGACCGAUUGGAAUCGAUCGACGCGGAGGUGACUAGGCUGAGGAAACACAUCGCCGACGCAGCCGCCGCGACCGGCACGGUCACCGGGACGUCGUUCGCGCAGAGGCUGGACGACGUGGAGCGCGAGGUUCGGGAGACGAGGCGCGCGUCCCUCGAUAAGGCGGCGUACGUGGUGGCCCCGGCGCCGGAACCCCGGGCCGCCUCGAGCGCCCCGGUGACUCACCACCCGGUGACUCACCCCAGCGCCGACGCCCCCGGGGCGUGGAUCAGGCGGGGUGAGACGGAGAUGAGCGCCACCCCGCGGGCGCCCAGGGCCGGCCCGGUGAUGGCGGUGGGUUCGUCGUGGCUGGUGAAGCAGCUAUCGCCCGGGACAGCGCGCCCCUCAGCCCCGGCGGAGGAACCGUCCCCGCCGCCUCCGCCCCCGCCUCCGCCCCCGCCCGCCCCGGCGAUCCCUUCGUCGCCCCCGCGGGUGACGCUCCCUCCCGCUCCGGACAUCCCGGUGCCGUCGACCAGGCCCUCGGCUCCCGCGUCGGAGCCCGUGGCGACGGUGUCGGAUUCGGAGACGAAGUUCAAGGCCCCGGGUCCGGAGGCUCUGGCGAAAGAGCAGAAGAAGAAGGGAACCUCCGCACCCGCAACGGCCCCUCCGGCUCCAGCUCCCGAACCUCCAUCCCCCGCGACGCUCCCCCCCGCGACGCUCCCCCCCGCGACGCUUCCCGCACCCCCCGACGACCUCAACGCGGUCGCCGCGGCCGCCGCCGCGAGGGCCAUCGAGUCGUCCCUCGCGUCCUCCAGGGCUGGUUCGCCGUCCAAGGGGACGAGGUCGGGACCGGGGCGACCCGACGCGGUGCUCGCGACGAUGGACGGUGCCAAAGCCGCCGCGGUCGCCGCCGCGGAGGCUGCCGCCACCGCGGUCUCGGAGCGCGUGCGCCGGGAGCUCAGGUUCGUGGCCGAGAGGCAGGACGCGCUGACCCGGCGGGGGGAGGCUGAGUUCAACGCCGUCGUGGCGCAGGUCCUUCCGCUUCACGAGGAGACUAACGCCCUCCGCACGUCCCUGUCCCAGCUGGAGGUGAGGCUGGAUUCCGUCGCGGAGCACGUGGCUUCGACGGAUGGGGUCAACAUGGCGGCGUCCGCCGCCGCGGUGGCCGCCGCCGCGGGCGCGGAGGUUGAGGCGCUUCGUGCCCACGUGGCUAAGCAGCAGAAGGCGUCGCAGGACUGGACCGAGAGCGCCAUCGCCCACUACGGGCAGCAGGCGUGGGACCACACCCAGCGACUGCUGCUGGAACGAGAUCAGUCCGAGCAGGAGCGAGUGAAGCACCUGCAGUCGCAGCUCGAGGAGUCGCACCGGUGGCAACGGGAGUUUCAGAGGGACGUCGCCGAGAAGUUUGUCCAGCAGGAAUCGGCGGUUGAGGCGAUGCGUCGGCAGAUGAUGCAGAUGGCCGCCGCGAUGGAGGACAUGCAGGGGGAGCUGGCGCAGCAGGGGGGGCAGAAACAGUCCCAGAUGAACGUGAUAAUGCAGCGCCUGGGGGCGUUGGAGUCUGCCCCGCCCCGACACUCGGUUCCCCACCCAGCUCCGGGGGAGGCGGGUCCAGCGGACGGGGAGGAGAAGGUGACCUCUACCUCCGCCCCCGACGCUCGACUCGAUACCAUCGAGGCUCGCCUGUCCACCGCCGAAGAUCUCCUGGGGCAAACCGCCAUGGCUUCGGCGAGGGCCACCGCCCCCAUUGCAGAGGCGGUCGGAGACAUUGUCCCCGAGAUUCACAGCCUCAGGGACCGACUGGCCAAGAUGGAGGGGCUCGACUACGGAGAAUCCCUGAAUACCCUCAACGAUAGGUUAUCUGCCCUGGAGGCCACGGGAAUGCCCGUCGCGGCGCAGGGUACGAUUGGGGUUGAAGAGAUUGUCCCCGAGAUUCACAGCCUCAGGGACAGACUGGCCAAGAUGGAGGGGCUCAACUAUGGAAAAUCCCUGAAUACCCUCUACGAUAGGAUAUCUACCCUGGAGGCCAUGGGAAUGCCCGUCGCGGCGCAGGGUACGAUUGCAGAUGACGACAGAUCCGAGCUGGAGGCCCGGAUAAUCCGCGCGGAGUCCUCCGCGGCUGCGGCGGCGGCGACGGAGGUGCAGAUUCUCAAGGAAAAAUUAUCCGAGUUUGGCAUGAGGCUGAAUCGGGCCGAGGAGGUCGCCGCGGAGGCUGCCGAGGCUGCCACCACCACCUCCCCCGGCACCGAGGCGACCAAAAAAGCCGUGCCGGGUCUCCGUUCUAGGGUGGCGGAGAUGGAGGUGGAGGUUGCCGCGAGACUGUCGGACGUCGAGUCGCGAAUAGCCGAGCUCGCGGAGACGUGCGUGGAGACGGCGGCGUUCAUCGCCGCGACGCCGGCACCGACCCGAGGGGCUCGCGGGGCCCCGGGUGGAUCCGUCAGGGGCUCGCCGAGACGUGUCACACCGUCGCCCCGUAAAUCUCCGGUCCCGCCGGAGAGCCACGCGAGCGAGCGAAUCACCGAGGAGAGGCAGGUGACGCUUCACGAAAUAGCGUUGGACGCCGUGGCCGAGGUCGAGGACCGGCUCGCGGUGAAGAUCGCUGAGGUCGAGGCUAAGAUGUUCGAGCUCGCGAACGGGGGCGGGGGGGAGUACCCCACGAACGUUGAGACGGAGUUUGCGUCCCCAGCGGGUGUGCCGGUGUCCCCGAGGAGCCCCGGCGGCGGCGGAAGGACCCCGAGAUCCCCGGGGGGCGGCUUCGGGGUCCGGGGAGAGCUCGACGCUGUCAAGGAGAGACUCCAGGAGCUCAGCGACUCGUUCGUCCAGGUCGAUGCUAUCGCAGUGGACAACGAGUCCCUGGGAAGGCGCGUCGCGGAGCUCGAGUCCCUGCAGCAGGCGUCCGCCGCCGCGUCGACGGCUAACUUCAACGCGCACGAGUCCAAACUCGCCGAGCUCGCCGACGUCGUCAGGCGGGUGGAGAACCUGGAGGCGGACGUCGUCAGGCGGGUGGAGAACCUGGAGGCGGACGGGGAGACCUCCAGCGAGCUCGCGGUCGCCAUGGCGGGGCGCGUGCACGAGGUUAAGAAGGAGAUCGCCGAGAUACAGGACACGAAGGCGAUCGUAUCAUCGGUAAAGUCUUCCGUAGCCGCCGUGCAGGCGAAGGUUUCUUCGCUCGCCGCGGAGACGGCGGAGACGAUCGAGGCCAUCAGGGGACGCCAAUCGGAGAUGGAGGCUGAGCUGAGGAACGUGCCGGGCCUAGUCCAGUCGACGACUCGCAAGGUCUCGGUUAAGGUCGAUAACCUGUCCGCGGAGGUUGCCGACCUUCGGAAGCACCGCGCCGCCGACGCCGAGAGGAUGGUGGAGAACGAGGAGCAGGUGCGACAAGCCAAGGCGAUGGCCUCCACCGCGGCGUACCUCGACAAGGAAAACGUCGCCCCGAGGCUCAACGCCCUGGAAUCGCUCGAUCUCAAGACUCUCCGCCAGCGGCUCGUGGAUAUGGAGGUCAUGCUGCUGGACGCCGCCAUGGCUGGGGAGGAGGAGACGGAGACCAGGAUCCGAGAGCGAGCCGAGUUUGAGGCGGGACUCACCCCGAGGGAAAAGUUCGAGCGAAGGAUCGACGCCCUCGAGGAGAGCAAACGCACGCGAGCGAGGGCAUCCGUGACGGCGAGCUGGGGCAGGGCCGAGAAGAAGCAAGCGGAGGGUAUCGUCAUCGACGGGUCGUCCUUGAACUCCGCCGCCGUGGACGCCGUCAAGGGAGAAAUCGAGAACCUCCAGCGUCGCAUAGAGCAGAUCGAGCGGGACUUCGUGCAGAGCAGGGUCGAUGCCACGACCUCGGACGAGAACGCAGCGGCGGCAUCGGCGAACGCCGAGGCUGCCAGCACGGCGGCGAUAUCCGCGGCGGCGUCAGCGGCUGGAGCCGCCGAACUCGUCGCGGACGAGGUUGAGAAACUUCGUCGCAGACUCGCAGCCGUCGAAGGUCAGGGGGGGAACACGGGGACGCCCGGGACGCCUAAAAGGGUCGCACCGAGGUCGCCGGACUCGGAAUCCCGACCCCGAGCGCCGGACAGCCUCCCACCUCCGGCGGAGCAUCCCGCCGAAUCCACGAUGCGGGGCGCGUUCCAAGGGGUCACCGCCGAGGAGGCGGCUGAGGCUGCGGCGGCGCUGGGCCUUUCCUCCAAAGGACCCGCGCCCAUCUCCCCGAUGGCCAAGGCUAAAACCGCGGCGGCGAGGGCGAGGCUUGCCGCGCAGCACGAGGCGGCCAAACUCGGAAUCAAGCUGGGUGAUCCUUCGAUCAAACCCCUCGAGGACCUCGCCGCGUCGAUGUCCCCGCGCGUUGACCACUCCGACCCCGUCGCGCUGGCCACCGCCGCGGAUCGGCAACUCGCCGCGGAGCUCGCCACCGUCUGCGCGCUCGUCGAACGCGAGGAAUCGCGUCGCCUCGAGAUUCGCGAGGACGAGAUGCGGUCCCGCAUCGAGGGCUCGUCGGAUCGCGCCACCGACGCCGUCGCAAUCGCGGAGACUCGGGCGGCGCAGAGACGAUGGGAAAUCGCCAUGGAGUCGCAGCUCCUGCGCCUGCGUAAGGCUGCGCACGAGGCGGAGGAGCGUCACGCGGUCGCGGCGGCGGUCGUGCGGGGUGUCGACGAGGUGGGUCCCGCGCAGGAGGUGGCCGCGCGGCUGUCCUACGUGCACGGCAAGGUGGACGCCAUGCUGAGGGCGGAGGGCGUCAGGUUGGAACGAGCUACGUCGAGGGCAGCGGGGGAGGGGCAGCAGCCGCCGUGGGGCGCGGGACCGGGGCUCAAGUCCCCGGGGAAGGUCAAGGCUGCCGAGAUCUACAGGCAUCUCGCGGAGCUCGAGAGGGGGGUCAGCGCGCUCGCGAGGACCGCCCCGGCCGGUACCGUCGCCGCCGCCGUCGGCGUUUCUCGGUCGAUGGGGAAGAAGAACACCGAGGAGUUGGUCGAGGUCAAGUCCCUGCGGCAUAUGGUACGCGCGGUUCAGACCGAGCUCGGGGGUCUGCAGAAGAGGCUCGACGCCGUGGACAAGAGGACCACCGGCGCGGGUCGCGCGGAGCAGGACAUCUACCGCGCGCAGAUGUCCGAGGUGCGCUCCGACGUCAAGGCUUUGAAGCGGGGGUUCGCGGAGACGAGGAAGAUGGCGGACGAUUCCCUCAAGCGAGCCGUCAAAUCCGAGUCCACGGCCGCGGGGGCGCACGCGCACGCCGAAGAACUGGGCGCCGCGGUCACCGCAGCGCGAGGCGAGACCGCGCGGCUCCGGGAGCGCGUCGACGCCCUCGCGCACGGCGCCGACGCCGGCCUUCGAGCCAUCGACGGGAAGGUUGAGCGGGUCAAGAGCUCGUGUCGCGGCGCCAAGGCCACGGGGCGGAUGGCGGAGGCCAGGGCGGUGGCGUUGGCGGGUGAGCUCGGCAGGGUGGCUAGGCACGUGGGGUUGGACGGGGUCGGGGAGGCUCUCAGGACGGGGACGCUGUUCCAGCCCCCGAAGGAGAUCAAGAAGAGGCCCACGACGUUGGAGGCGCUGGCGGCGGCGCCCGGGGUUGGGCUGGGCACGCCGGCUUCCGCGGCGGGGGACGAGGAGGACGACGACCUGUUUGAUCUACCCUCGCUCGCGGGAGACGUCGGGGUCGGGGAGGACGCGUCGAUCGCGCCGCCGUCUCCCAAGGCUGUGGACAAAUCGAAGCGGAAGGUGACGUGGAGGGCCAACGUAGACCCGUAG